CCUUUUCCCAGUAAACGACAUCAUGUCACCGCUUCUAAAAUCACAAAUCCAUCUGCGUCAAUUCUUUCUUCCCCUAGCAGAAACAUCCUCGGCCAUGCCUGCCAUAACGUCUCUCAGAAGAUCUCAACCGUCCAUCCAUCGGUUCUACCUGAUCCAGCGGCUCCAAACUCGUCAAUACUCUACUCCAGCACAAUCUCCCACUUUGUCUGCUUCUCUGAUCCACGAAAAUCACUCUUAUCAUCAAUCCUUCACCAGAUGGCUUUCCGGGAUCACCUUUGCUUCCAGCUUAGGGUUUAUAUACUGGUAUAUCGAUUCGGACUCUGGUGAUUCUUUUAAGAAAUCAUUAUUCUCUUUCAAUGAAAAAAGGGUCAAGGAUCCAUUCCCUACUUCAACAUUCGGCAAAUUAUCAUUACCUGAUUAUAGCUCCAAGUUUAUAUUUGGAGAUGCGUAUAGGAGGAAGAUUUUCUUUAACUACGAGAAGAGAAUAAGGCUUCGAAGUCCACCAGAGAAAGUUUUUGAGUACUUCGCAAGUUUUGAAGGAAGAAAUGGAGAGUUAUUAAUGAAACCAGCAGAUUUAAUGCGAGCAGUAGUUCCAGUAUUCCCUCCAUCUGAAUCUCACCUUGUUAGAGAAGGUUAUUUGAGUGGUGAAAGGAAACCUGGUGACUUAAGAUGUGCUCCAUCUGAAUUCUUUAUGUUAUUUGAUGUUGAUAAUGAUGGCCUUAUUUCAUUCAAGGAGUAUAUCUUUUUCGUUACACUACUUAGUAUUCCGGAAUCAAGCUUCUCUGUAGCUUUCAAAAUGUUUGACAUUGACAACAAUGGGGAGAUUGAUAUGGAAGAAUUUAAGAAAGUGAUGGCUUUAAUGCGAUCUCAUAACAGACAAGGUGCUGUCCACAGGGAUGGACUUCGGACAGGGUUAAAAGUCAGCGGUUCAGUGGAAGAUGGAGGUUUGAUGGAAUACUUCUUUGGCAAAUAUGGAAAGGGUCGUCUCCAUCAUGAUAAAUUUGUUCAAUUUUUGAGGGAUCUGCAUGAUGAGAUAUUGAGAUUGGAAUUUGCACAUUAUGAUUAUAAAUUACGAAAAACCAUAUCAGCUAAGGAUUUUGCAUUGUCCAUGGUUGCUUCUGCUGACUUGAGUCACUUGGAUAAGUUGCUUGUUCGGGUUGAUGAACUAAAUAAUGAAGCAGACCUCAGCGAUAUACAAAUAACAUUCGAAGAAUUCAAAAACUUUGCAGAAUUGCGCAAAAAGCUGCUGCCAUUUUCUUUGGCUCUUUUCAGUUAUGGGAAAGUAAAUGGCCUGUUAACAAAGGAGGACUUCCAAAGAGCUGCAUCCCAUGUCUGUGGUGUCUCACUCACUGACAAGGUGGUUGAUAUCAUUUUCCAUGUGUUCGACUCAAAUCGCGAUGGACAUUUGAGCUUAAAUGAGUUUAUAAGAGUCUUACACAAGCGGGAACGAGACAUUGCUCAACCUGUGGAAUCAGGAAUAAUUGGAUUUCUAUCUUGCUGCUUUAACUGUGCAAAUGGCCACUCGUUUGGACGGUUGCUCUGUUAAUUCAUGUACUUUUGGUUCUCAGCUUUGUGACGGUUGGGUUCCCAGCAAUAAUGCUUCAUCACUCUGAGACUUUACAAUCUUCUAAAAUGGAAUCAGUAACUACGGAUCGAUUUCGCAGUGGAAGGAAUGUGAUUAGGAAGUCUAACAAGUUGGAGCCGUUCGUAGUGGCCCCAAACUAUGCAAAAUGGAAAAGAGGCACUAGUUGAUACAUGGAGAAGUCUCUUCCUUUGUUUUCCACGGUAUUCUGUUACGAACUAGACGUUUCAGUUAAUCUUGUUAAUAUGUCAAGAAAAUACACCUUGUACUCCGGAGGUGUCUCAGCUUAAGAUAAACAUAUAUACAGUACAGAAAGCAGUAAGCAUGUUGAAAAUUUGUGACUACGUUGAAAAGAAUCAAUGUGGAGGAGCGGUGAUGAUGCUUUAGCUGUCCAGGUAAAAUUCUUUAACAGAAAACGUGCCGACAGUAACAUUUGCGUACACUAGUAAAGGGGCAGAAACUGUUGCGCCCGUGAUAGCACGCUGUGGACAUGCGAGGCUAAUGUGGGGUUGAGGCAAGAAUUAGAUAAUAAUGGAAGCUUUUUCCUUAAAUGGUGGAAGGAGCUGGAUUGUAAAUUGAGAGCCCAAUAAACCCAAUUAGUAAGGCACUGGCAAAGAUGUAUCAACUCCUGUAAUUUAAUCAUGUAAUAAAAUGUCAAAUGUAAUAAAGUAGUUGACUGGAUAAGUAGAUUCACUUGCAGUGUGAAGCAGAAAAUACAAGAUAAAAUAUUUGUGUACUUUUGCUUUUUUUUUUUUUAAAUGAAGUGUAAAAGAAGAUCUGAGUGAUGCCGUGCGGUGUAA